AUGCUGCUCGUCCCCCUCAAAGUCUACUGUCGGAAACGACACGGGGGAUGGCGCAAUGUUCAGAUGGACGACUACAUGUCCAUGGUCGCACUGGCCGUGGCGAACGGUUUCUUCUAUGUGUGCAUAAUAGGCAUGCGAGAGUCACUGGGACUACACAUCAAUGAGAUCACGAACCCGUUACAAAUCAUCGCUUUCUUACGGAAUAUCUACAUCGGCCAAAUCCUGUAUACGCUCAGCAUUACGAGUAUCAAGCUAUCAGUCUUGGCUUUCUACUGGCGGCUCUUCGAGAUCAAGUCCCGCAUUACCAUUUACGUGGUCACCGCUGCGUCCAUCGCAUGGUGUAUCGCUAUUAUGCUCUGCGUAAUCUUCAACUGCCUCCCCGUGCGCGCCGCCUGGGACAUAACCAUCACGCAAAAGACCUGCAUCGAAACACGCGACAUCUACCUCGGCGGCUCCGUCCCCAACGUAAUCCUCGACUUCUUCAUCGUCAUCAUGCCCAUCCCGCACGUCUGGCGUCUGCACGCGCCCCUCGCCCAACGCAUAGUAUUAGCCGGCAUGUUCGCGCUCGGCACCUUCAUCGCCGUCGUCUCGCUCGUGCGCCUGAUCAUCUUCCUGCAAAUCCCCAUCUCAGCCCAGGGCGACGUAACCUACAACUUCCGCGAGAUCAUCGUGUGGUCAAUUGUUGAGAUCAACAUUGGUCUCACGUGUGCUUGUUUGCCUAGCUUGAAACCGGCUUUCCGUUGGAUCGGCCUCGAUAAAUUGUUCUCUUUUGCUUCUUCGCGGCCGAGCGAUAUGAAGAGUCCGGGUCCGAGCUCGAAUGGCGGACUGGAUGGGUAUAUGCAUGACUCGAAGAACUCGGGAGGGAGGCCGAGGAAGAAGGGUGCUACUGGCGGACUGUUUUCGACGCUCGCGGGUAUGAGUCGGUUGGAAGAUGAGGAGGAGUUUAAGUUCGUUGGGGAGGAUACACAGGGGAAGCAUAAUGUGGAGAUUGAGAUGGGGAGGGUUAGCGAUGAUAGUGCGCAGAGGACUGCGACGGGAGGGAUUAGUGUGCAGAAGAACUGGAGUGUGCUGGUUGAUGAGAGGAGGGUGGGUCAGCACCGGUAG